UUAACAUAGAAAAUACGAACACGAGCUCUUUGCAUACAUUUGCCAGAAAGCUCAUGGUUUGUUUAAAGUAAUGGCAUUUGCGACAAAAAGCAUACGACAUUUAUAUAAAAUAUACAAUGCAAAUACAACAGUUGUAUACUCAGCACUUCGUCUACCGGUCGCUCGAAUAUCAGUUAUUCAAACGGCGCAAAGUCAUUAUAACACUGAAGCGCAUAGACCAAAAAUAACCGGUAGUUUAACAAAUAUUCAAUCACCUGGAGGAACUGUACAAUCUCUAACACAAGAUGGAUUAGACAAUAAAAAGUUAGAUGAAGAAGCAAAAGAAGAAGCAGAGGAAAAAGAAAAACGUGAACAAUCACAAAGAGUGCUUAAAUAUAGUUUUGCAUUCUUAGGAGUAUUCACGACUGUUGGACUGUCUUAUGUAAUAUAUAAUUUAACAAGAACCAAAUAUGAUGAACAAGGAAAUGUUAUCGAAGAUGAAUUCUCAAAUUUACCAUUUUAUGAGAGAAUAUAUAAAAUGCUCAAAAGAGAACUUAACUAUUACACUAAGAUGGUACAAGAACCUAGCAGAACUAAACUACUUCCAGAUCCACUUAAAUAUCCAUACAUUCAACCACCUUAUACUUUGAUAUUAGAAUUGACAGAUGUUCUAGUACAUCCUGAUUGGACAUAUGAAACUGGUUGGAGGUUUAAAAAGAGACCUGGAGUGGACCAAUUUCUAGAAGCUAUAGCUCCACCACAAUUUGAAAUUGUAGUAUAUACGGCAGAACAAGGAAUGACUGUUUUUCCUAUCUUGGAUAUCUUGGAUCCUAAUGGAUAUAUCAUGUACAGACUAGUAAGAGAUACAACACGUUUUGUAGAUGGUCACCACGUUAAGGAUUUAAAUGCUCUUAAUCGUGAUCUUAGUAAAGUUAUAGUAGUUGACUGGAAUUCAGAGAACACAAAAUUUCAUCCUGAAAACACCUUACGACUACCACAAUGGACUGGUAAUGACGAUGAUACGACGCUAUAUGAUUUAGCUGCAUUCCUUAAAACUAUAUUAGCGACAAAUGUGGAAGAUGUACGAGAAGUUCUUAAUUACUAUAGACAAUUUGAAAAUCCAUUACAAGUUUUUAGAGAAAAUCAACGAAAAUUCUUGAUGCAAAUAGAAGAGGAGGAAAAUAAAGCACAGCAAGAAAGUAGUAAAGUGCUUACAUCAAAAUGGAAACCAUCUUUUCUGGGAUCGCUAAAUCACUAGAAAAUUCAAUAUUGUAAAAUACAAAAAUCUAUCAAUUGUCAUUAACAUAUUCGUUCACUUUAUGUAACUGUUAUUAUAUAAUUUUUGCUAUAAAUAAAUAAGUAAUUAAUAUAUCGAAAUA